UCAAACCCGUUACUUGGAAACGUUUGUGACGUUCCCUUACCGAUGACCCAGAUAAGUUGCAGUCUGCAACUUGGGUAAAUCCCUGUCUCAGUCCUAUCGCAUCUGCCAGUCCCAUUCGAAACUCACACCGAAUGACGUCGGAAUUUGUUCGCGAUUUUAAAAGUCACAAAAUCGUACCGGAUGUAAUACCGGUUCCUCCCGAGGGCCUACUGCAAGUCACCUACCCGGACGGUCAGCGGGUUAACCUUGGCAAUAUACUGAUGCCGAAACAGGUUAAGGAUAUCCCCGAAGUUCAGUGGGUGGCAGAGCCGAACAUGCUCUACACCCUGUGUAUGACGGACCCGGAUGCACCCAGUCGUACAACGCCAAAGUUUCGCGAGUGGCAUCAUUGGUUGGUAGUUAACAUUCCUGGCAAUGACGUGGACGGGGGCGAGGUACUGUCGGAGUACAUUGGAGCCGCACCACCGAAGAAAACCGGACUCCAUCGGUACGUUAUUUUAGUUUACCAACAGAGCGGCAAACUUAACUGUGAGGAAAAGCGUCUUUCGAACCGAAGUUCCCAAGGCCGAGGAAAGUUCUCCAUUCAGAAGUUCUCGGAAAAGUACGAGCUGGGUAUUCCGGUGGCCGGUAAUUUCUUCCAAGCGCAGUUCGACGAUUUUGUGCCGAAGUUGUAUCGCCAGCUGGGACAGUUUCAGAAUGGUUUUUGAAAGAAAAAAAAUGGUGGGUGAAUAGUUUGUUAAAUUUUAGUGAGAAAAUUUUUGAUGUUUGUAUUAAUAUAUGAAAAGACAGAAACGAUGUGUUGUAAUGAUCACAAUCGUGAGUUAUUUUAUUUCUCAAUUACAUUUUCAAAACUUUUAGCCUGCUACUAAAUAAAUCUAAUGUCCUGCGGUUCUUGUAGGUAUAGAAAUUUAAGCAAUUUUCAACAAAAGCAUAAAAUUCACUGUAUUCAAUGACACUUAAUUUUCUCGAAUCCACGGUGGAUUUCGCGGAAAGGAAGCAACAAGCAGUAACUUUUGUUUUCGGUAGAAUUGCUUUUUUUUUUAAGGUACAGCUCGUAAUGUCUAGAUUGCGUGCUAUUCAUUAAUUAGUAAUAAAAAAAUCCACAGCUUGGAAUGCGUUGUUUGGUGCGAUACAAAUAACACAGGUAAACACAAGUUUUGCCCUAGUGCUCAAACGGGAAAAAAUAGAAUAUCAUAGCUAUUCAACCAUUCCUGUGAAUUUUGGUGCCCUUAGCAAAGAUAUUUUUUUCAGAGACUAAAUUGAGUUUUCCCGUAAACAAGAACACAGCGAGCAAUAAGAAUGGUUAAAAAUUAACAAUCGUUUUAAGGCAGCGGCUCUUAAUCUGGGAUACGCGUGCCCCUAGGGGUACGCGAAAGGAUAAUCAGUAAUGGCGGACAAAGCUAUUUUUCUUUA